AGCACCGCGGGACAACAUAAAAACAAAACGUGCAACCGGUGAAAGAAAUGCCGCCCAAAUCAAAUAGUAAGAAAAAUCAGGCCAGUUGGUUUCACUGCGAAGUUUGCGGAGUUCACAUUCCCUCCAAGGCGAGGGACAAUCAUGAGGAAGUAUGCCCUAAACUUAGUCAGGACAAGAUUGACCCAAAUUCUACGGCCGAAUUUGUGCGAAAUGGGGUGAUCUAUACCACUAGCCUCCAGCAGAGAAACUUCGAAGUGGAGUCGCUAAAGGAUCUCCCUCUUAAGUACACUAACAUGUUAAUCUUCAUCUCCGAGGGAGCUAUGCAUCUGGCAAAGUUACAUAUCGGUCAGCACGUCGUUAUUCAGGCUUUAGCUACGGAAGAGUCCCCAUUGGUAAGGAUCGUAUGGCCUGUUUCGGAGCAAUUCCUAACCACGAUGUUUGUAAACGAUGCGGAAUUUAAGUUCCAUUGGACCUCACUACGAGGAAAACUCUUGAAGAUAUUCGCCCUGGACACGAGUAGACUCAUAGCAGCUUCCAGCAUUUCCCUUCGUCACAUUAAUAGCCAAGAUUCGCCCUUGCGAGCAGAUCAGCUCCAGGAUGCCACACACCUAGUAAAACAGGACAUUGUGAAUCGUAUCUUUUGCGUGGGAAAUCGAAUUAGUACAAACUUCUUCAACAAAUCGCUGACUUUGGCUUUUGAGAAUUGGCAAAGUUCUGUAGAGGAAACUUUGGCGAAUCUUAGCCUGGAGUCCAACCGUCUCACAUUUGUACAGGUCACUAAUGCCACGAAACUUCAACUGGUAUCAGGAGUUGAAGAGCAUCCGCAGGAGAAGCAGACGAGCAGUGGUCGCAUCACGAAGUCCCAAAUAGGUGGCUUAGAUAGACAGUUACAGCUGGUUGAGGAAAGCAUGGAGUAUGCAUUGGGUUUUAGGAAAUUACCGGCAGGCCUUAAGGUUUCUCGUGGAAUGCUGCUCUACGGGGCUACCGGUUGCGGAAAGUCCAUGAUCUUGGAGGCCAUGACCUCGGUGGCCGAAGAACGCAGCCACGGACAGAUCCAGCUGAUACCCAUCAAUAGCUGCGAAGUAUAUAGCAAAUUUCUCGGCGAAACGGAAAAAAGGCUGGGUGAAAUUUUUGAAUUGGCCUAUAAUCACUAUCCCCAUCCAACUCUCGUGCUGAUUGAGGAUAUUCAUAACCUGUGUCCCAAGCAAGAAGCCACCGAUUUGGUCAAGCGCGUCUCGCUUUCCUUUCUCUCCCUUUUGGAUCAGCUAAAUAGUCCUCGGAAUCUAAAGGGAAGUAAGACCUUUGUGUUGGCAACAAGCUCACAGAUUGAAGCACUGCAUCCGAGCAUCCGAAGAGCUGGUCGAUUGGACAGCGAACUGGAGUUAGGUGCCCCUAGUCCCACAGCAAGAAAGGAAAUCAUCAAGUGUCUUACGCUUUCAGUGGAAAACACAUUGAGUGAAGACGAUCUGCAGCAUAUGGCGUCCAUAACUCACGGUUACGUGGGAGCGGAUUUGGCGAAUGUGGUUUACGCUGGAAUGCUUAAUGCCCACCCAAAUCCCCUCCAGCUCCAGCACCUUAAGGCAGCUUUAACACGCAUCAAACCCUCGGCCAUGCGAGAGGUGCUCAUUGAGUGUCCCAAUGUUCAGUGGUCGGAUAUUGGUGGUCAGUCCGAGCUCCGUUUGGCUAUGCAGCAGGCCAUUGAGUGGCCGUUGCUCCACGCAGACAAGUUCCAGCGAUUGGGCAUCAAGCCACCCAGAGGAAUCCUUAUGUUCGGGCCCCCUGGCUGCUCGAAAACCAUGAUAGCCAAAGCUCUGGCCACCGAGAGUAAACUAAACUUCCUGUCAAUCAAAGGGCCGGAGCUCUUUUCGAUGUGGGUGGGUGAAUCCGAGAGGGCGGUGCGUGAAGUGUUUCGGAAAGCUCGUCAGGUUGCACCAGCAAUAGUUUUCUUUGAUGAAAUUGACGCUAUAGGCGGUGAGAGAGCGGACGGUGAUUCAGGCUCGGCCUCGGUGAAGGAACGCGUUCUCACGCAGCUGCUAACUGAAAUGGAUGGCGUUGAGGCCCUUCAGAACGUAACCAUUGUGGCGGCCACCAACCGACCAGAUAUGAUUGACAAGGCUCUACUCCGUCCAGGAAGAAUCGAUCGCAUUCUCUACGUCGGACUGCCAAAGUCCGAAGCGCGCCGGGAAAUUCUAAAGAUCAAACUGCGAGCAAUGCCUUUAGCCAAUGGUGUGGAUGUGGAGAAGUUGGUGGAACUAACGGACGGAUAUUCUGGGGCGGAGAUUCAGGCCGUGUGCCAUGAGGCAGCGUUGAGGGCUCUGGAGCAGAGCUUUGAUGCGGAGCAGGUUCAAUGGGCAGACUUUGAGCAUGCCCUAAAGUCGGUGCAACCGAGGACCAGUCCAGAACUUUUGAAACUCUAUGAAGCUUAUCUGAAAAGGUAAUUUCCUACAUUCAGUUUCUGUGGAAAGAAGUUGCUCCAGAUCAUCAAAGUGUGUACAAUGGAGGUGUCGAAGCCCUGGCUACU